GUGUCCUGGCAGCUGAGCAGUCCACGUUUCUCCGCCUCCUCGUUCUGGCCACCCAGUGUUUUUCCAGCUGCCGGCUCAGACUUCCUCUUCCCGGAAAGGAGAUUCGGUGUACAUUAUUUUUUUCUUCUUCCUGCGCGUGAAGCUCCAGCAAAGUCAGAUCCAAACUUCCAGUGUCCACUAAGUGGAGAGGCAGACCCUCACCCUGUCUGCGUGGGGAGCAGUCCUUGUUAAUAGCAACACUGACGGAGCCUGAGGUUUGGAGAAGUUCUAAUGGCUUUCAGCCUGGGUUGGAAAACUUCCAGGAGCCAGUGGCGUUUCCUGCAGGCUAUGAGCAGUGGGUUGCCCCUGUUUCCCUGGAGGACAGUAGGGAGCUGUUUGGACCCUGAGAUGAAAGCCUACCUGGAGGAGAACACUGAAGUCACCAGCAGUGGGAGCCUUACCCCUGAAAUCCAGUUACGGCUUUUGACCCCCAGGUGCAAGUUCUGGUGGGAAAGGGCUGACCUGUGGCCCUACAGUGAUCCCUACUGGGCAAUCUACUGGCCAGGAGGCCAGGCCCUGUCUAGGUAUCUUCUGGAUAACCCGGAUGUUGUCAGAGGAAAGUCUGUCUUAGAUCUGGGGAGUGGAUGUGGGGCUGCAGCAAUCGCUGCUAAGAUGAGUGGAGCAUCAAAGAUCUUGGCCAACGACAUAGACCCCAUUGCAGGAAUGGCGAUUACACUAAAUUGCAAAUUAAAUGGACUGAAUCCUUUUCCCAUUUUAACUGAAAACAUUCUGAAUACCCAACAAGGUAAGUUUGAUGUCAUUGUUCUUGGAGAUAUGUUUUAUGAUGAAGACCUUGCAGACAGUCUUCAUCUGUGGCUGGAGAACUACUUUUGGACCCACAGAACCCGAGUGUUGAUUGGUGACCCUGGGAGGCCCCAGUUCAGUGCACACAGCAUUCGGCGUCGGCUGCAUCAUCUGGAAGAAUACACACUUCCAGAGCCAACUCAGCAGGAUAACAAUGGACUGACCACAAGUGCAGUGUGGGAAUUUCAUCCCUGAUUUUUCAGAGUGCUUUUAUUAUGGGUAUAGUUCUGUUUGUAUUAAACUCUAAAACUUUCCUCUGUAGGAGGUUCAGUUUAAAGAAUGCAAUUCAGUGGGGUGUGGUGGCUUGAGGCUUGAAUCCCACCACUUGGGAGGCUGAGGUAGGCUGAUCUCUGCGAGUUUGAAGCCAGACUGGUCUGCAUAGUGAGAGUUAGUUCCAGGACAGCUAGAGCUACAUAAUGAAACCCUAUCUAAUGGAGAAAGUUAUUUGAAAUUUCCUCUGUCUGGCCCUUCAUAGUCAUGUACGUGUUUAAUACCAGCACUUGAGAGGCAAAGGCAGGUGGAUCUCUGUGAGUUUGAGGCCAGCUUGGUCUACAGUGAGUUCCAGGACAGCCAGGGCUACAUGGUGAGACCCUGUCUCAAAAAAAAAAAAAAGAAAAAGGGAAAAAAUAAAUUUCUUUCUUCCUUUGCUCUAACACCUUGGAUAACUCUGUAUGGUUUACUAAAGUUAGUAAUGGUUAUGUUCCCACUUCAUAUACCAGGUUGUCAGGAUUUUAUAACAGCAAAACACUGAACUCUAAGCAAAAAUAAUGUGAAUAAUACAUAUCAUAUACAACUGACUAUGUAGAAAGUAUAUCUCUAUAUGUAUCUAUAUAUAUAAUAUACACAAUUUGCUGCAGUAUUAAUAAAAUAUCUCUGGAAGAUAAGGAA